AUGGAAGUCGGGUGGACGCGGGUCGUCUCGGCGCAACUCGACGGGCUCCUGUGCGUUGAAGAUGAUGAGCUCACGCCGACGAUGACGGUCGCGGACCUCAAGGAGCUGCUUCGCUCCAAGCUCAAGGCGCUCGGUGUCGGCGUGCGCAUCAACCCGAAGCUCAUUUUCUACGACACGAAGCCGAACGACAGCGACGAGAUUACGCCGCUCAUGCCGACGUUGCGCACGGGAAUCUGCGCUGGUGCGACCAUCACGCUGGACGUUCUUCUGUACUCGCCGGUCUACGAGACGAUGCAAGGGAUCUUGAAGAAGGAAAACAUUCCGACCGAUCAGCAGCGCUUGAUUUACGCAGGCAUGCAGCUUGAACAAGGACGAACGUUGGAAGACUACGGCUGGACGGAAAUCCACGCUGCAUCUCGUCCUCCGCGGCGCACAAUGCGCUCGGCGCGCAUCUCGUCGUCUGCGCCAAGUUGGCGCACGUUCGACCGCGGUCUCAACAUCCACGGCAAGUGCACCAACGAGGCGUGCAUGGCCUUCAACGUCUUGGCCCAUUCGGCUCCGUGCCCCAUCUGCAAGCAAGCCAUCGAAGCGCGGUCGUGUGGCUUUUAUGCGUGCGAGUGGCGCUAUGAAGCCUUCAAGGUGGGCUCCGGCAUGCACAUGUCAUCUGACUGGAACAACAUGGUGCUCUGGCGCGCGCUCUUACUCUUGGUCAAGCCGCUGCGCGAUGAGCCCAAGUGUGCGCUCUGCAAGGACGCUAUCGGCGAGACGACGCUCUGCAAGGACGCUAUCGGCGAGAUGACGCUCGAGUGCAAGACGACAUGCGGACACAUGCAUCGUGGCUGCGUCGAUGCGUGGGUCGCCGGCUCGAUGCAGCGCCUCUCCGUCGGGGCCAACUGCCCCAAGUGCCACACGAGCGUCGCUUGAUGCAUACGAAAACAAACAUUGAGCAACCAUCACCCAAAAAAUCCAAAACAUCAUUUGCUCAA